AUUUGUGAUAGUGGUCAGUUACAUCCGAAUGACAAUUUAAAUGUUUAAUGUUAUUCGCUAUAAUUUUGAUAAUCAAUUGAUAAUUUUCAUUUUAUAUUCUGUGAUAAUUAUCGUUUUUUAUCUUUAGAAAUCCCUAUAAAUGGAUUCAAAAGAUAACUGUUCUGUUAUACAUUCCAAAAUAGGUAAAAAGAAGGAUGUCAAAAAUAUGCUUCCUUCCCAUGUAGUUUCACCAAUUCUUUCAGGAGAAAAGACAGGACCUAUGGAUCCCCAAUUAGAACCACAGAUUACAACUGAAUUAUUGACUAAUAAUGAAGGUCUUCAAGUUGUUAAGCAAGAACCUUCUGUAAGCAGUGUAUACACAGAAAAUACUGAAGAUUGUUUGGAAUCCAAUAUAAUUACCAGAAAAGAUAUUUGUGGUGUUACACCAUCUAGGGAAAUUUCUAAAAGUUAUAAAUUCCAGCAUGGUGUAGCAUUUACUAGUACUCCAUUAAAUGAGAAGGAAUUUAAAAAGGGUAUAAAUGUGUUUGACAACUUAAGUAUCAUAAAUGAGGAAGAAGAAAGUUUAUUGCAUGAAUCUAAAGAAUUAGAAGUUGAAAAAGGACCUGAAAAUUUACCUCAAACAACAAAAGAAUGUAUUAAUGCAGAAAAAGAAAAUGAAUCUUCUGAUCUUUCAGUUUUUACGAAAGAUGAAUUGUCACAACUUCUUGACAUUCCAAAUGGAAAAAUUUUAACAAGGGAAAAAUGUGAUGUGAAUAAUUUGAUCUUGUCUGUUCAGAAUGACGUGACGGUUGUUUAUAAAAAUAUUUUUGACAAAACCAUUGAUGAUUUGUUAUUAGAAGGCAAUGAAUUAGAAAAAGUUUGUAAUUUAGAAAUUAAAAAUGAUAAGAAAGAGAUCUUAGGAAAAGCAACAGCUCUUAAACCUUUUGUUAGUCCCAAUGAUGAGGAAAACAGAGAUAACAAUGAUCCUGAAUGGGAAUUGCUUCGGAAAUUAGAAACAGAUGACGAGAGAUAUAAAGCAGUAAGAAAACUUUGGAGAAAUUUAGCGAUUCCAGAUUUAAAACAGAAUCUAUCAACAUUUAACUGGAGGAAGAAAAACUCCUUGCCCGUUCUAAAAAACAUUGCACCUAUUAAGGCCAAUGAAAUUGGCAAAAGGAAGAAAAACUUAAUGUAUGAAUGCACAGAAGUAUUUGAUGUUGGAAUAAAAAAACUUGAUGACUUUUGCGGCAGACAGUACCAGGGAAUACAACAUGAGAGUGAUUAUGAAACAACAAUAAUGGCGUCAUUGAAUAAGAAACCUAGACUUGACGGUGGAUCUGUUCGUGUUUCCAAGUGGAACUAUCAAGCAAAUUAUGAUAAAAUUAAUGAUUGCUUUCAAGAAAGAUUACAUAGGCUCAUUGAAGCUAAGCAAGAGAUGAAAGCUGUCCAUGACUUCUACAACGGAUUGAAAAAUCAGGGAAAUGGAGGAUAUGGAAACACUAUGCUAAUUAGUCACAAAGAGCGCCUAGACCUCCUUGAAAUUGAAUCUAUGAUAAGUCAUUUUAAUACAUGGUACAAUCAUCCUUAAUCCCUAACUAAAAAGAUUGAAAGAAAUGUUUUUGCUUUAUUUUAGUAUUAUAGUUUUAAGUUUGAGUAGUCUCCACUUUUCUAAAGUUUUGAUGUUUCAAUAUUAACAAAUUUGAAAAGUAAAUUGUAUCAGUUAUGUGAAUUUUUUG